AUGACUGAAGCAUCUUCUACAACAACUAUGGAACCCACAUCUAAUGCACUUACAGAAUUGGAUCUUGCUUUUAUUAUUGAUGCUACAGGAAGUAUGGGAUCUUAUAUAAAAUCAGCUCAAGAGAAUAUGCGAAAUAUUAUUCAAGAUAUUAUUAUAAGUGAACGAUGUUUAUUGAAUGUUGCAUUAAUUCUUUAUCGUGAUCACCCACCUCAGGAUCGUACAUUUAUUAUUCAAGUUAAUGAUUUUACAAAUGAUUCUGAACAAGCAAAAGCAAAUAUUGAUUUAGCUUCUGCUUCUGGAGGUGGUGAUGGUCCUGAAGCCAUGACACCUGCAUUACAUGCUGCUGUUCAUACUUUAACAUGGCGAAAAAAUGCAGUUAAAAUAGCUAUUCUUAUUGCCGAUGCUCCUCCUCAUGGACUAGAUCCGAUGGGUGAUGGUUGGCCUGAUGGUGAUCCAUCUGGACAUGAUCCCAUGGAAUGUGUUGGAUUACUUGCUGAACGUGGUAUUACUCUAUAUACAGUUGGAUGUGAGCCAGCUACAAUAUCUUAUCGUGAUUUUUUCAUGGCACUUGCAUUUAAAACAGGUGGUCAAUAUAUACCAUUAAAUAAUUGUGCUAAUUUAGCUUCGGUGAUUGUUGGUUCCGCUAAAGAAGAAAUUUCUCUUGAACGAUUGAUAGCUCAAGUACAUGAAGAAGUAAUGCGUGAAGCAGAAUUACGUGGUGGUCCAAUAGAUGAAGCUGAACUUACUCGACGUAUUCAUGAAUUAAUGCAUAGUGGAGGUGUUAAAGCACGUCGAUUAAAAAUAGACAAUCAAAAUGGAACAACAAAUAUUCCAUCAUUAACACUGACUGCUGAACAACUUUCUACAUUGACAACAUUAAAAGAAGUUCGAGAAAAAUGGAUAGCUAAUAAAGGAUUGCUGAUUGCUCCUCCUACUACUACAACAACAUUUGGAGGGUUAUUUGGUGUCAGUACAACUCCAACAUCUGCUUCUACAUUAACAAAGAGAAAACGUACUCGUACACCCGCUUCUACAUUAACAAAGAAAAAACGUACUGGUACACCUGUCAUUAAGAAAACAACAGUAACUAAAGUAACAAAACCAAUAAUAAAGAAGAAACCUAAACGAGUAGUUGUUCAUGGUAGUCGUCGAAGUGCUCGUCUAACAUUCAAUGGAGAUCCUAAAGUGGAAGAAGAAGAAGAAGAAGAAGAAGAAGAAGAAGAAGAAGAAGAAGAAGAAGUGUCAACUGAUAAUGAAACAAUGGAAACAUCAACACCUUCAGUUGUUCCUGCUGCAAAACCAAUUGAAAAGAAAACUGAAAUAUCACAUAUAAAUUUAGCCGAUGAUGAAUUACUUGAUGUUAGUCAAACACGAAGACUUGUUCGUAAAUGUGUUGCUCGUAAUAAACUCAAAUCAACAUGA